CGGUCGGAAAGUCAUUCAUGGCUCGCAAGCGCCCAUCUCUUAUCUGUGUUUACAUUAACUCUGUUUCACACGAUCUUGUGGGGAUUAAAGGCAUAUUGCAUGGAAAGUUUUCCUACAGGUGAACGAAUAGAGGGAUAUUCAAAUGGGAUGCGUGCCGCCGAGAUUGGGACAGAAACGACACGUCAUGUUAAGAAGGCCGGCGAAUUUUUGUGCAGUGGUUUGAGUAUGGAAGAGGAUCAGAUUAGUGAAGUUGGGUCAUAGGUUGUGGGCGAUAAGGCCGGAGCGGACUCGAAGAUUGAGAUUUAUCAACUUUCGGAGGCCUGACGUGGACUUCUUCGACAGUCGACGUGUCUCGGGGUGGAUUGGGUUAAUACUUUGCCGGAAAGGAUCAUGGCAGGGUACGGAUUUAUCCUCAUACUGACUGUCGUCGGAUUGGGAUCUACCUUCGAAAUCGGAACCACAAAUAAGUAUUCUUAUGAGACGACAGUUGCAGUGACAGAAAAAUGCGGACUCGAUAGUGAGUCUCCCGUAGGUCACAGCCUGAAAGCAAAUGUCCAUAUAACAGGCGUCUGGAAAAGUCCACAAAAUGAUUUAAAAAAACUGUUAAAGAUUGAGAUCCUUAAACCAAAAUUAUCAGUAUCCACAAAAUCUGGGUUAAGUGAACAUCGCUCUGAAUUGAAUAAACUUUCAUCUUCAGCUUCCUAUGUGUUAUGGGAAGAUGGCGUUCCGAAGAAAAUCUGGGAUGAUCCAGCUGAACAUUACACCCUACGGAAUCUGAAAAGGGGAAUCGUAAGCUUUUUGCAGCAUAGACGGAAGGAUCAAGAUACGAGAGAAACUGAUGUGUCUGGGGAGUGUGAUGUUAUCUACAAAAUCGAAGGAAACUCAAUUCGUAGGAGGAAAGGAAACUGCAUUCACUCGAAAUUUGAUAAGAGUUUAUCUCAGGGCAAUGGGAUUCGUUCCGCAUCAACAGUUCACCAGUCCACAACAGACUGCGAAUGGAAAGAUGGGAAAAUCUCAAAAUGCAAGAGCACGGAAUACGUGAAACUUUACAGCAACGCAUGGCACAGACCUUCUUUAUGUGUGGAUGAGAGAUCUGGACUCGCAUUAGAUGAUACUGGUAAAGAUGCAAAUAUUUUCCAAAAUGAAGAUUUAGAAAGCGUUAUUGAGGAAUUAAAGAAAUCUCAAGCCGGCUUAGAAGCAGGCAUACUUGAGACAGUCCUCGUAAUGAAUGAAGAAAAACCAAAGAAAAGACAACUGAAACCAACCAUAACAAGAUUACAAAAAGACUUGGCAACAGAAAACCUGGCUACUGUCAGCUCAGUGAAAGCCUUUUAUAAACUUCUACCGAUAAUUCGAACAUCUUCAGCUGAAGAAAUACUGCAAGUUUUGAAAAAUGACAAAUUUGAAGACGUAAUGCCUCAAAUAUUGGAUUUAGUUGCUGCUUGUGCUACGAAGAACUGUUUGAAGGCAGCUUUCGAAUUUUUCGAUGAUGAAACGGAAUACAACGCUCUGUUGGAACGUUUCAUAGUCAGUUUAUCGAUUUUACCUAGACCAAGUGCUGAUUUCAUCAAACAGCUAAGGGAACUGAAUAAUACUUGGGAUUUCUUAGAAAAAGACAGAGGAGAUUUGGUAGAAUCGAGUGUGCUCAUGACUUUGGGUACUAUUCUGAAAACAUAUGCUCAAAACCCUGCUGUAGCGGAUCUCAAAGUUAUAGAAGAUACCAGAAUCUAUUUAGAAGAAGGAUUAAAGAAAUGUGAUCCAGAAUCCGAGUUUUGUACUCUAAAUUACCUCAGAAGCCUCCGCAAUGCAGCUCUUCCUAGAUCAGCUCGUGUCUUUCUGGAAUACGCUGUGAAAGGAGGAAAAGACGCUUUAGAAGCUGUUCUAGGCCUCAAAAAUAUUCCAAUCCACUUGCUGCCACCUGAGAACCAGCCAGAGCUUCUGAAAGUAUUCCACCAAAUAGGUGCUUUCCAAGACAGAUCGACUCGAGCUUUCGCAGCUGAGUUGUUGCUCAAGCAACAUCCGAAUAGGGGUGUACUGAAGAGUAUUUUGAAAGCUCUCUCGAAUGACGAUGACAUAGAAUUUGCCGCGUUUCUCGCUUCUAAGAUAGAUCACUUGAUGUCUUUGGAUCCAAAACUGAGGAAAAGUAUAGCUGAUAUUUUAUCGGACAAGGAUAUAAACUACUAUCUCACAUUGGCGCAAAAGGGACAAUCGUCAUUGUUCAGGAGGCAUAUGGUGUCCGUUGAAGGAACGAACGUGACCUACGGACUUGAGAUGGAAAUGCUGGAAGGUGGUAUGUUGAAGAGAACUGUUUUUGAUGUGAGCUUCGAGAAUGCCGCUGGUGAUCAAAGUUUACUCUCUGUUGGACUUUUUGCUAGCGGAUUAGGAUCGGUGGCUGGACAGUCUUCCGAGACCGAGGAGGAAGAAGAUUCGAAUCCAACUGCCGGCAUGAACUUGGGAUUCCUGGAUUCUUACUUGAGGCCGUACGUCUUCUUCCGCAGCACGUCCGAACUGAUGGGGCAUGCGUGGUCCGGGACAGCCAGCGAGCAGACUCCAGUUUUGCAGUGCAUUCUUUCGUUUAGUGACGAUGAAAAAGUCGUCGUCCUCAGCAACGGAAUGAUAGUCCGAGGUCAGCUGCGAGGAGUCCUGUCAGCAGAUUCAAGUGCAUCGGCAAAAAUUUCGCUUUGGAACAGAAAUUCAAAAUCCCUCGUCAAAAGCGAUGCUUCGCUACUCGUACGAGGUGUCGUGACGCUUGAUGCCGGUUUCGUUGUGACGCAAGGAACGAUACAGUUUUCCGGAGAAUCCGGCAUCGAUUUCAAAGUGGACUUGGAUUUUUACGAAAGUCCCUUCACCACCUGUUUGCAGAUGGAGCACCCUGAUGUUACCGUUAAAUCUGAUGUUUUCCGAAGUGUAAAAAUUCCAGCAACAGACUACGAACUGAAAAGGACAAAGAGGAAGACUAUUUCGAUUCCUGGCAGAUCGUUCGCUUUUAACGAAAAGAACGAUGAGAUGUGUCAGACUCUAAACUCUGAGACUUAAUCAUUUCCAUCAGUAGUGCCACCAAAUGUGUGUAAAUAAACUUCAUGUUCCUGAAAAAUGCGAAUUUCUUUUGUUUCCUUUUAUCCAACGAAAAAUACUUAUAUCAUCCUUUUGCACAUCCGCAGAAAUGUGGAAUAAAAUGUGCGAUCCUUCCGGAGUUUAGCGAGGGGACAAAUUAAUUUUCGAAAUUCUGAACU